AUGGGCCAAACUGGCUUCUUCCACCACAUCGGGAGCUUCCUGCUCCUGGUCGCGACGAUACUCCUUAUUGUUACGUGUAUUUCGGCGCCCGUCGUCAAUGACCUCUCUAUGCUGAAGGUCAUGCUCAAGAAUGGUGCCGAUUCGAAACACCCCUCAAUCACAUUUGGUACUUUUGGCUACUGCGUCAAAAACCAGCUUGCCUCUGGCGACUCAUGCACCCGCAGCGCAAUCGGCUACGACGCCUCCCACGCGCUCACCGAGGCUGCUGGUGGCAGCGGCUUCGAGCUCAGCGACUACGCCUCUAAGACCUCCAACGCGCUCACCAAAGUCAUGAUCCUACACCCCAUCGCGUGCGGCAUGUCCUUCAUCGCCUUCCUUCUUGCGCUUGGCGCGGGAGUCGUCGGUUCCUUCCUCGCCGCCAUGGUGGCCGCCCUAACGUUCCUCGUCACACUCGUCGUGCUCAUUACGGACUUCGUGUCGUUCAGUAUUCUCAAGAGCGCGGUGAACAACAGCGAUACGGGCGCGUAUGCUGAGUUUGGCGCGGCGAGUUGGACCAUUCUGGUCAGUGCCGUUUGCAAUUUGUUGGCGACGAUUGUGGUGUUUGUUACGUGCUGUUCCGCCAGGAUGCACAAGAGGAAGAGACGUAGUGCCAAGGCCGAUUCGUGGGAAAACCCGCCUGCGGGGGUCCCGGGAAGGAGAAGGUGGUUCUAA